GCUUUUCUAGAUACGAGAGCGUGGCGUAGUUGACCAAAAAAAUACUUUUCUGUAAAACGCUGUCGACUGGAUUCUAACCAUCAUGGGAGUUCCAGCCUUCUUUAGAUGGUUGAGUAAAAAGUAUCCAUCCAUUGUAGUACAUUGCAAUGAGGAAAAGUUAAAGGAAGUGGAUGGAGUGACGAUACCAGUGGACAUCAGUGAACCCAACCUGAAUGAUGUGGAGUUUGACAACCUGUACCUGGAUAUGAAUGGCAUCAUUCAUCCCUGCUGUCACCCGGAAAACAAACCGGCUCCCAAGAAUGAGAAUGAGAUGAUGGUGGCCAUCUUUGAGUACAUCGACAGACUGAUGCGCAUCAUCCGUCCACGACGUCUGCUGUACAUGGCCAUUGAUGGCGUGGCCCCCAGGGCUAAGAUGAACCAGCAACGAUCGCGUCGCUUCAGGGCGUCCAAAGAGUCUAGAGAAAAGAAAGACGACCUAGCUCGCAUCCGAGAGGAGGUUUACUCAAGAGGUUGUUGCCUUCCGCCUCCUAAACCCAGCGGGGAGCACUUUGACAGCAACUGCAUCACUCCGGGAACGGAGUUCAUGGCAAGGUUAGCGGAGUGUCUCCGCUACUACAUCACAGACAGGAUCAACAACGGCCUAGGAUGGCAGAACAUCAAGGUGAUCUUGUCUGAUGCUAACGUGCCAGGGGAAGGAGAGCAUAAGAUCAUGGACUACAUCAGAAGACAGAGAGGUAACCCCGACCACGAUCCGAACACUCAUCACUGUCUCUGUGGAGCUGAUGCGGAUCUGAUCAUGUUAGGUCUUGCCACCCACGAGCCCUACUUCACCAUCAUCAGGGAGGAGUUUAAACCCAACCAGAAGAGGCCGUGCGAACUCUGCAAUCAAAUGGGUCAUGACCUGAAGGAGUGCACAGGUUUACCCAAGGAGAUGGAAGGAGAGUUUGAUGAGCUUCCUGCACCUAUUGGAGAGGAGACGCAGUUCAUUUUCCUUCGACUCAACAUCUUGAGAGAGUACUUGGAAAAGGAACUGUGGAUGACCGGACUGCCAUUUACAUUUGAUCUGGAGAGAGCCAUCGAUGAUUGGGUCUUCAUGUGUUUCUUUGUGGGCAAUGACUUCCUACCUCAUCUGCCAUCGCUAGAGAUCAGGGAGGGUGCAAUCGACAGAUUACAGAAGCUGUACAAGAAAGCUGUCUACAAAACAGGUGGUUACCUGACAGACAGCGGGAUUGUGAAUCUUGAACGGGUGCAGCUCAUAAUGACAGACCUUGGUGAAGUUGAAGACGAGAUCUUCAAGCAGAGGAGACAGAACGAGCUACGAUUCAGACGGAACCAGAGGGAUAGGAACAAGCGCAUGAAAAUGGACCAUUCUUUUGUUAAAGGCGGCUUAUUGGAACCAAAGGCCAUUUCACGGAACGUGACACAAACAAGUGCCAAGGAGAUUGUCAAUGCAAGGCAUGGCAGCACAGCAAAUCAAGCGGCUGCCCAGGCUCUUAGAGCAUCCUUUACAUCAGCUGGGAGCACAGGGAACCAGACCAGGGAAGGUCUAGGGAUGAAGCGUUCCCAUGAACCACAAGAAGAAGAGGAUGAAUUUGAAAAACUGGACAAGACAGAUUCAGUCAAGCUGUGGGAAGAUGGAUGGCGGGAGAGAUACUACGAAAACAAAUUUGAUGUGCAGGCUGAUGAUCGAGAGUUCUGCCACAAAGUGGCGGAGGCCUACAUUCUUGGGAUGUGCUGGGUACUGCGCUACUACUACCAAGGCUGCCCAUCCUGGAACUGGUACUAUCCGUAUCACUAUGCCCCGUUUGCGUCAGACUUCACUGGGGUGGCCAAGAUGCCGCACGAUUUCGAGAUGGAUACCAAACCAUUCAAGCCCCUGGAGCAGUUGAUGAGUGUCUUCCCUGAAGCCAGUGGCAACUUUCUGCCUCCAUCAUGGAGGGAACUCAUGGGUGGCGUUGAUUCACCCAUCAUUGAUUUCUAUCCGAUCAACUUCCGCAUUGAUCUGAACGGCAAGAAGUAUGCAUGGCAAGGUGUUGCCCUCUUACCCUUUGUGGAUGAGAAACGGCUGCUGGAGACUCUCAAGGAAGUUUAUCCCAACCUCACCGAAGCAGAGAAGAAGAGAAACAGUCUUGGCCCGGAUCGUCUGUACGUUCAUAAGGACAACCCCUUGUUCUCAUUCCUCAAAGAGCUGUAUGACACUGAUGCCCUUGAUAAGACAAACACCAACAUUGAUUUGGACCCAUCCCUUGCCGAUGGCAUGAGAGCUACCAUUGGUUAUGAUGAGUAUGUCUGCUUCCCAGGAGGAACCAGGAAAUGUCCAGUGCCGGGACUUGAAGACGUCCAAAAGAACAACGUUUUGAGCGUCAAUUUCAAGGACCCACAAUUCCCAACAGGUUUCCUGUUCCCAGCUAAGCAGUUACCCGGAGCCAAGCCCCCUGCUAAAGUGUUGAAGCCUGAAGAUUUUGAUCGGGUGAACAGGGGCGGAGGCCGGGGUGGACGCGGGGGUGGCGGCCGGUACAGACCCCAGCUUGGUUUCCAGCGAGACAGCGGUUACAGAGGGGGCAGCUUCUCCGGUGCCACGGCCCAACGCACUAUAAGCGGGCACGAAGACGUGGAGAUGAUGAAGUGGCAAGUAGGGAGCUGGUUGCCGCUGCUUGCCCCACUGCCUCCCCUGCACCCUCAAAUCAGCCACGUCCUCCCCCCUUGGUGCAGACAUAACCUGCCUUACGCCAACAUUCCACCACCCCAGUCGUCAUCAUCGUACGGAAGACAACAACAAGGGGGUUACGGUCAGCAGCGGCAACAGCAGCAGUAUGGACAUGGACAGGGAGGGGGCUACGGCCAGCACCAGCAACGUGGUUACGGCCAGCAGCAGCAGCAAUAUCCGCAGCAGCAAGCAGGUCACCGUGGAAACUCAUAUUACAGUAGCAGAGAGGGCAACAGUUCUGGUUACAGUGGCUACCAGGGAAAUCAGCAAAGCAGUGGCUAUGGAGGGACAGGUUGGUCCCGUAAUGCGCAAGGCCAGCAGUCAGCUUACCAGCAGAAUCAAUCAAGGUACACGCAGCAGCAACAAUAUGGACGUAGCGGGGGCAGUGGGGGCAAUUACCAGAGCCAGCAGUCUUACCCUCGUCCCCCAUCCCAGCAUCAACGUCGCUACUGAUGAGCUCUGCUGUCACCCGCAGCUUACUGGAGUCCAACGUCCUGCGUGGUUUGGUUUUCUUUAUUUCUUUAGGUUAUUUUUGUUUUAUUCAGACAGCCUUGUUGCAAAAACCACUGAUUUCUUAAAGCCUUAUUUUAAUGCUUUGGCUGGUUAAAUCUAAUUUGGAGUUGUACAUUCACGGGUAAAUCAGUAUUUCAUCAUUAUCCUUGUUUGAAAACUGCAACACCAACUGUCCAACUCUCUCCGCCCCCUCCCAACUGUGGCAGAAAAAAAACGUAAUGGCUUGUUCAGAUCAUGACAGAUAUCAUUCUGUGUAUAACACGCUUGAAACUACAAAGUAAUAUAAAAAUAAAACUUGUAAAUGCUGUGUUGCAUAGAGAAACCGUUUUGUGACUUUGGCACAACCCAUUCUACUGCUAAAUUAACAGCAACACUGCCCUCUAUUGUCAGGUGGAGGUCAAAUUUGAUUUUAUUGUGAUAAUAUUCCAAGAAUGGUUACUUUGGUGUAAUGAUCCUAUUCAAAAUUCAAACUGUACGUGCUUAAACUAAGAUUCGGUUAUUUGCACUCGGGUUUAGGCACAGCAGGAACAUGUACACAAAGUUUAGCGAGUAUCACAGGCAAGUUAGUACAGCAGAUAUGUGAAUAAAUUGUGCCUUUUAUGAUAGAAGCAUGAAAUUUGACAUGUCGUUUAGAAUGUAUCUAUAAUGAUUUUUGCCUAUAGAGCCACCUCAGAUUAGUCUAUGGAAUAGCCAAUUGCAAAGAAACAUCUACAUGUACAGUAUCCGUGCACAUUCAGUGAUUAAUUAUGCAAAACAACACUGUGUCGUGACCUCCAGAUUCUGACCAUUCAACGGGUGCCUUCUAUCUGAUCUUUGUGACCCGUUGUAUUAACAAAAACAUGACCGCUAAGUUCGCAGUUCUGCACGAAAUGACUUCACAAUUUCUAAAAUUGACUCCGAUUGGCUGGGUCGCAUAACAUUUCCAAUACUCACAUACUGUACAUCAGACGUAAGUACAGAGCGUGCAGGCUCCGUGAACAAUGGAUGAUACUCAGAUUACCUCAGAUUUGUCCUGCGACAAACAUGGCCGCCAUUUUCCAAAAUGGCCACCAUCAGCUGUUGAUAUGGUACAUCAAAUAAAGUGUAGUUGCAGGAGACUUAAUAUGACUGAUGCCUACAUUGGUAAAAAAUGCCAAAUAUUUUCAGUAUCAGUUGCCAUGUUUACUAUGGAAUCCGAUUUUAAAAUGCUAGUGAUAAUCAAAUUUGGUCAUUUUCUAUACUGGAAAGAUUCAUUUUUGUGAGUCAAAACCACAUCUUCUGUGCCCGAACCUGUCAAGUAUCCACUUACGAAUACAAUUCUGUUGCUCAGAGAGAAAUAUUCCUGAUUUAUGCUUUGGAGCGCCCACUGUUAGUGUUAGUUACCCUGAGCUGAGUGUGGAUGCAAAAUGGUGUCCACAUACAAGGAUGGGCGCUGGUGAAUUACGGAGCCAUGUUGUGUCCAAAUGUUAAGACAACAGUGGUAAAUUCUCUGUAUAUAUCUGCUGUUCAUGCAAGAUCUUUGGUACUUGCUCCCCAGAUUCCCUCUGAACCCUUGUUUGAAGUAUGCAUUAUUAGUGGGGAGUAAUUUUCUUGCAUAUAGACCUUUCUACGCUUGGUUGGCCAACUGCACAUUUUGCCAACCACAGGUUGCAAAACUAUGGAAGGUCCAACACUGCAAA